GGAAUAGGGAUGGGUGCUAGCGGCAAUAGCUCUCGGGGCUAGCGUACUCAACUGUCGACAGAAAUAUGCAAAGUAAACUUCCAUUUUAGUGAGAAUCAAUCUAUACAAUAAAAGAAGUACAUCAUACUUUAUUCUUUAAUUUACUGUUCUAAAAGAGAUGCCUUUAAGUUUGUAAAUGCUGCACAAAUUGUCACAAUAUCGUCACAUAAUGGUAGUAAUAGAAUAGGUAACUGCAUCUUUAAAAUUCGGUAUUCUUUUAUUCUUCUUAUUGCCUUUUCAACAAAAAUUCUCAGGUUCGCCACUUUAGAAGUAGUUGCAACGUCGGAUUUUUUCAUUUGAAAACUGCCAUGGGUUGAGGGGGGGAUGAUCAAUGUUGUUUGAUAAUACUCAAGGUUUUCUCGUAUUUUGAAGCCUCUAUCUGCCAUAACCUGAUCGUUAGGUAAAAGGUUUCUUGCCAGACCACAAUCUUCUGUUAUGUAAAUGUCUGUUGCCCUUCCACCAUAGCAAUCUGACAAGAAGCUUAUUGCGCCAUUUGGCAUAUACCAACCAAAAACUAGUGAUGCUUGUAUUGGCUCCAACAAAUAGCAGCAAGCUCUAGACUUGAUGGUGUUUCGAUGAACACUUCAGUGCAGUCAAUAAUUACUCUGCAUUUUGGAAAAUAUUUCCGAAAACCAUCAGGUCGAUAUCUCAUGACUGCGCUUCUGUCUGCCCACUUGAUCAAACCCCUGAACUCCAAAGACAUAACUCGUAUCCAUGUGUAAAGAAUAGAAGUCACAAGGCCAACCGAAACACCAAAUCUGUAAGCGAGGUCCUGGAUGAGUAGGUCAGAUUUAAACUUCAUUGAGACCAGCAAGAAUUCUUGCUCCAACAGUAGCUUCCUCGCAGGACCUCGUCGCAACGUUGUCAGCCCUGCCUUCUGUGCUUCAUCUUCGAAUUCUACGCUGAUGUCUUUUGGAUUUUCUCUCAGGGUCUCCUUGUCGCCUUUCCAAUACUGCAUACGGCUAGCUACAGGGAACAAAUGAUCAAAUACCAUUUUAAACAUAGCUGAAUCCUCAAACACUGUGUAAAAAUGAACUUUCGAAUCUCUUGCAACCUGCUCAAUACAAUAUUCAGGUCCAAGGCUAAAAAAAAUUUGCUGGUUGUUUUCAUCAUCGGUUUUCUUGAUGAAGCAUCACAAGGAAAACUAAUUUUUCUUGGGCUACGACGCAGGUUUGCUUGAUCAGGUAUAGUCUUGUCCUCGGAAAGCAAUAAAUUUUAUAAAAUUUAUCAAAAAAAUUUAUCAACAUAGAAUCGUUCUUUGAAAAAGUGCCAUCAAACCAGCCAAAUCUUGAUGGUAUACCAGAGAAACUAGACAGUGGUGAUAUAACUCAGAAUGCUCUGCCAACUCAGAGGGGUUACCCUUGAUGAUGCCAAACAGAUUUGCCCGCAAACAAUUCAGCAGAAUAUUAUAGAAAGUUGGUUCCAAGAAAAAAGAAAGCAGUUAACAGCUAAAAUUUUCGGAAAGGUGUUAAAAUGACAACAAAAUAAAGAACCAGUUUCUCUUGUUUCCUCGAUUAUGGAACAGUCAACGAAAAGGCCAGUAUCAGUAGCCAUGAUAUGGGGUAUAGAAAAUGAAUUUGUAGCUAUUAAAAAGUACAUGGAGCUACGGCCAAAUUCCAUCGUGUGUGUUGUAAAGUAGGCAGAGAAGCGAAAAGGCAUUUGAUUGUAUUUUUGAACUAUUUAUAAAAACAUAACAAAAUGAACAGCAAUUUAUUUAGCCAUAAAAAACUCAAUCACAGUGUCCAGCCUUGAAUUAUGUGCAACACGCUGUUUUUAUAACCUACAUAACUCGUGACUGCAGAUCCAGGGGUACAUUCCAACACACUCCCCAGUUUGAUUGUGAAGAAAUAAUACUUUUAAAUUCGAAUACAAUUGUUAUACGAUUACGAAUACAAGUGUCCAUAUACCAAUUUCUGAACAAAUCAGGAUCUAUAUUUACGUCUUAACUCACCAAUAACUGCAGCUUUACCGGACUGUUGAUUCUGAGCAUGCGUUGUGGUAUUCUGCGCUUGCGAGUUAGUGGUUGGCGCUUGCUUCACAGUGUACUAUUGCUUUCCUUCAUUUGCUAUGAAAAAGACCAAAGUAAUAGCAUGACCGUUCUGUGGCUGAAGAAUGAGGCUCCUCUCAUGCCGUGGUAUAUUGGCUUUUGAUGAAAGGUUUGAUUGAAUGUUGCUUCACUUCACUUCAAUUCACACUCCUGUGACUAUCGCUAGGAAGGGGGAGCCUUAAAUAGAAAGGGGGUAGAGGCUCCCCCCUUCCUAGCGAUAGUCACAGGAGUGCGAAUUUAAUGCGCACAAGAGUGCAAGCAAUUUUUUUGAUCACGUGACCUGUGCGGAGCCAAUUUUUCCAUGAAGUUAAAUGAUGGUAAAACAAUUGGAGGUAAAGGUGGACUUAAAAUAUUUGCGACAAAAUGCAAAACUUCUAUGGACAGGCAAUAAGAAAUAAUAUUUGAGACAAAGACACAAUAUACAAAGGCAUUUUUCAAACACAUGGUCAGAAAUUAAAAUGAGUCUCUUGAACAACAACACUCAUCCUCUGAUACAUGGUGCAGGUUUUGGAGAAAAGAUAAAGAAUAUUGUGAUGACAAAAGGCUGCCAAGUGUCUUUUAUGAUGAACUCAAGCCACUUUUUGCAAAGCUGUCAGAAGCAAAACUGUUAAAUUAGGUGUUAAAUGGGGCUCACACAGAACCUAAAUGAAUCUGUAAAUGGUUUGUUGUGGUCCACAAAAUAAAAAAUUUUUAUUAGCAAGUGGUAAGAUUUAUAACAUGUCUUCUGAUGAACGCAGGGAAGAGAAAGAUAGCGAUUGUGACGCUUUUUCAGAAGUUUUGGAAUAUCUUCCACAGUGUCAUUCUUUGACCUGGGCAGACACUGAAUCGAGCGAGACACUUCCAGGGGCAUCAGCAAGCUUACAGCAUCCAUCUGUUUUUGGUCCGGGACAAAUACCAAUUCAACCCCGUGAGAAAGAUACGCAUGUUAGCAGUGUUGCUAAUAAACGAAAGUUCACAAUUUCAGAACAUAUAGUACGAAAUGUUCGGGCGCGAAAUGUUCUAACAGAGCUUUAUCCAAGAAUUCGCGGUGUAAGCUUGGUAGAGGCUGCAGCCGACCUGCUGACGAGUAGGGAGAAGGCGGUUUUUAGGAAAAAGCUCCAAGAAUCAGGCAUGGAAAAUGAGAACUUUCGAUACAAAGAAAUCUGCAAGUUGGCUGCGGUAAGUCAACGUUGCUUCGCACAAAUAAUGAAAAUCGACGAGCAUUUCCCUAUCCACUUUCGAUUUUCUCCAAGGAGAGAAAGAGGAUGAGCAGUAUUGUCUGUUGAGUGCAAUUGUGAAUGGCGAGGCAACGCUGAAGCACCUAAAUGCAGAAAAAAGGCAGCGGAGAUGACGAGUAGCAACAGAACAGCCCUCAACAGCUGGAAGAGAAAGAUAGCGAUUGUGACGCUUUUUCAGAAGUUUUGGAAUAUCUUCCACAGUGUCAUUCUUUGACCUGGGCAGACACUGAAUCGAGCGAGACACUUCCAGGGGCAUCAGCAAGCUUACAGCAUCCAUCUGUU